ACCCAUACUAUAAGUCUACAGUUUUACACACACCACAAACAUACCAAAAUGUUUAGCCCAUCCAAUACCAAAACCCUCCACCCUCUUCAAGUUUUCUCAAUGAAACCACCAUCUUCUACUCUAAGCUUCAACAAGAUCAAAACCCUGAUUCACACUCUCAUAUUUUCACACGUGUGCCGUGCCUUUCGAGCUCUCUCCAAGGCCAAAUCUAUUGUCAUUGAGAUUGUCAAGGAAAUCCAACCCAUCAAUUUCACAUACCCCCACAACAAGUCCAACAAGAACAAGAACAAGUUAUUCUUUGGGUCAUUUAGGUUACACUAUAAUUGGUGCUCUUCCCAUGUGGUUCCUGUACCAGCUCCUGUUUUAGAAGAGACCCAUUUGUACUAUGACUCCACGUGGAAUUCUAUGCUUUCAACGGACCAAGCAGGUGAGGAUUGUGGAGAGUCACAGCUUUCUGGGUACCUCCAAUGGCUUGAAGAAAAGGUUCAUGACAAUUCAAAGACUGAGACUGAUAUCAAUGAGAUUGAUAAGCUAGCUGAGAUGUUCAUUGCAAGCUGCCACGAAAAGUUCAAGUUGGAGAAGCAGGAAUCCUAUAGGAGAUUCCAAGAAAUGAUGGCUAGAAGCAUGUGAUUUGUGAUUCAUUCACACCAAGAAAUUAAAAUCAAUGCUGGAUGCAUGGAAUUGCAUGUGAGUCCAAGAGAUAUAUAAAAAUAUGGUGUUUGGAUGUAUUUUCUACUUUCCCAUUCUUCCAUGUUAAAAUUUUAAUAGAGUGGGAAAAGUACAGUGACUUGGGUGGGAAUUGGGAUUCAGGGUUUUUUUUUUUUUUUUUUUUUCACUUUUAUUUUCUUCUUCUGGAUCGUUCUUCUGACUUGGAUGAUGGGGUAUAUGGAGAAUUGUACAUGAUUGGAUGUAGGGAUUUGUGCAAUUCUUCUCUUUGAAAUGGUUGCAACUUUCAAUGAUAAUUAUUGGGAGCAUCCUACUGUUGAUUUUGAA